AUGACUAUGAGCGCACGGUCGUAUCUGGCGCCAAUUGGCAGCCCAGGACCUUUGUUUAUACUUCUGGUCGUCGCUGGCGUCGUACAAAUGGCCCAUGGUGAAAAGUAUCUACUCUAUCAUGUUCAACCCAAUGAUGCACGAGGAAUGCGUGUAUUACGGCAGCUACAAAUGCUUGAUCAUAAAUAUCAGGUUGAUUUCUGGAAAGAACCAAAUCAUUUUGGUGAUUUUGCCGACAUAAUGAUCUCAUCGAAGAAUGCGCUUGCUAUGGAACGUCGCUUUCGGAGAGCAAAUAUCACGUACGAUAUUCGAGUACCAGAUGUGGAAAAGCUUAUCAUGAGAAACGAACGAACAAAUCGACGACCGAUCCUCGAUAGUGAGCCCGAUGGUGAUCAGUCUCGUGUGGGAAAACUCAAAAAGGCUAAAUAUUCCUUCGGUGACUACGCAUCCUAUGCAGACAUGAUGAAAUAUAUGCGUACAAUUGAAAUCGGUUAUCCGAUAUCAUCGACAGACAAGCGGGCGAUCUGGGUGGAUGGUAAUAUUCAUGCCAGAGAAUGGGCAAGCAGUCACACCGCUCUCUAUUUUAUCAAUCAGGAUGAAACGAUCACACACUAUGUGAACAGUCUAAACUUCUACGUUCUGCCGUGUCUGAAUCCGGACGGCUACGAAUACACGAGAUCAUCACCGAAUCCAAGUGUCCGUCUGUGGCGUAAGAAUCGCUCUCCAGAAAGAUGCAAUCGUUCACUAUGGGGUGGAGAGAAGUGCUGUCAAGGCGUGGACUUGAAUCGCAACUUCAAAUUCCACUGGGCUGAAUCCGGCUCGUCGUACGAACCAUGUUCAAAUAUCUAUCACGGCGAUCACGUAUUCAGUGAGCCAGAAUCACGUGCCGUGCGCGACUAUUUGAAUUCGGACGAGCUACGUGGAAGGUUGACGGAUUCAUCACACUUCAUUCUUUACGCUCAUGUGGAUUUACCCAUACAGUCAUGCUCAGCAGAACUAUCCAGAAGACAUCAGCGAACUGAGACGAACGCUCGUCGAGCCAUCAAUCGCCUACACCGUCAAUAUGGCACUGAAUAUCGUAUGGGAACAGGAGCCGACACAUUGUCACCGGCUUCCGGCGGUUCAGAUGAUUGGGCAAAAUCCAACGGGAUCAAAUACGUCUACUUGUAUCGAACGGAUUCAUCCUGCACAAAAAGGAAUUGCAUUCAAGCUGUAGAGAACUUCGAAAAGGUGUUUAAGGAAGUUAUUGAGGCGGUGCUGGAACACAACAAGAUCAUCAAGGAUCCACUGUCACGUAUCGCACCUCAACUCAGAAAGAAGCAACUAUUCCUUCCAACAACAACACUCACAACUACUGAAGCUACAACUACUACCACACUGGCUGAUUACAGAACAGAACUAGCAGAAACGGCGAUACCGACAAGGGCACGACCUUGGCUGACAUAUCGUCCACGAAGAACGUCGAUGUCGACAAAAUGGCGAAGUAUGCCAAUGACGACAGCAGAAGGCAGUGCCGUCGAAGAUUCCGCAGAGCUGAUACCUACGACGUCGAUUCCAGAGGAGCUGACUGCCGCUGAGACACCGACGCUGUCGACGGUGUCACAUCGGACAACUGAAAUCGUCUUCUUCACGCACACCCGCCCGUCCACGUUCAGAGAUCCUGCAUGCCGUGACAUGCGCUAUUCGUGCGCUUUCUGGCUGCAGCACAAUCCGGCCGUCUGCUCGGAGCAGGAAUCGUUCAUGAAAGGCCAAUGCGCAGUGAAAAUAAUGUUCCAGAAAGUUGACGCCAACGUCAAAAUUGAAGCCACUCCAGAACUGGUCAGAACGGAUGAUCGACCA